AUGGGUGAUAAGCACGCAGAGCGGGCUGAGGCAAAUAAUGGAGCGACAAUCCCUGCGAGUCCCUUGUCUCCUGCGCAAACAAGGGAUGAGCACCACGCCACGACGCGCCAGCAAGCCGAACAGGAAAAAGAACAGCGCAAGGACCGAGAAAAAGAGCGAUCAAAGGAGAAGCGAAAGCAACAACAGCCGCAGACGCAAGGACCACCGGUUGCAACGACAGAGCUGGUCGAGUGGGUUCCACCUCCCGUAGAAGCUACACAGCCGAAACCCGUGCCGCCGCUUAUCCAAGCUAAAACUGAAGACAGUGAUGAACCACGUCUAGCAGUGGCGAAAGAGACAACGUCGACGUCGGAGAAUUCCAAGCGCAUUCUGCCACCGUCCUUGAGUUACAGCGUAGCCGUCACCGUUGCUCUCCUCUUUGCCGGAGGUGCUAUAGUUGGCUUACUUAUGUGGCUGCAGGCGGACCAUGCGGAAGUUCGCACCAAAAGUGGAAGCUCGGUGCGCGGAUACCAGUCCUACGUAGCUGGCCAUCGAAUCUACACCUUUCUGGGCAUCCCUUACGCGCAGCCACCAGUGCAUGACUUGCGCUUCAGGCUUCCUGUGGCGGCCACCGAAAUCUCAUCCGUGGUGCCGGCUACUCUCGAUUGUCCGCCGUGCCCUCAAAAGGAUUGGUUCUCGGGCAGCAACGAAGGCUGGGAUGGAUCUGAGGAGUGCUUGCACCUCAACGUUUGGACGCCCUGCGCUGAGACCACGGCUGGCGGUGGCUGCAAGAAGCAGCCCGUCCUAGUGUUCCUGUUCGCCGAGGGCUUCCAGACAGGCAGCAACCAGCGCUUCGACGGCUCCCUGCUGGCUGCCUCCGAAAACCUUGUCGUGGUCGCUCCCAACUUCCGCCUUGGCGUCCUUGGUUUCUUCCACAAAGACGGCCACGAGAUGCCGGGCAACCUAGCACUGCACGACCAGGAGUUGGCGACAAAGUGGGUGCAAGAAAACGUGGACCUGUUCGGCGGGGACUGGAACAACACGGUCCUCAUGGGUGCUGCCACUGGCGCGUGGUCCAUUGGCGCACACCUUGUCAGCACGAACCCGGUGUGGCGCUGGCGCACGCAGCGUAUGCUCCUGCACAGCGAGUCCCCGUUCCGCAGAGUGCACUCGGCGAGCCCGGCCGCCUUCGCCGAGGCCGUGGGCUGCAGCCAGAACCAGAGCUCUUCGAGCUGUUUCACCGAGCUGCCGCUGCAAACGGUGCUCGAAGCGGGACGGCACUUUCCUUUCGGGCCAAACUAUGAAUCCCGACUGCUGCCACAGGCUCCGUGGCACAUGGCGCGCCGCUUCAACAUCAUCGAGAAACAGGUCAUACUGGGCACAGUCUACAACGAGGGUUCGCCACUGGUCGAGAUCUUGGAGCGCGAUGGCGAUGGCUCGGACGCUUACAUGCGUGGCGCUGUACAAGAGCUGCUCACCGCGUGCGGCGUGAACGAGUCCGGCAAGCUGGUAGAGCAGUACGCGUCUGGAACGUGGACAGCAAAGCGCGGCACGAACGAGUCCUGGGCUCACCAGCUGCUGGGUGACGUCUUCUUCGAGUGCCCGGUGCUCAGUUUUGCCCACCACCUGAGCGCCAGGGGCAACCGAGUUUACGUCUACCGGUUUGACUAUAAGGUGCCGUCAGUGCCGUGA